GAAACAGCAGCGCGGUGCAUUGUGGGGCGGGGCUGCGCGGCGCGGUUGUUUCUUGGGGCGCCGCCUGUGUUGUGCGGGAAGCUCGGGAUGGCGGAGAGACCGGAGGAUCUCAACCUGCCCAACGCCGUCAUCACCCGCAUCAUCAAAGAGGCGCUGCCUGAUGGGGUGAAUAUAUCCAAAGAAGCUCGGAGUGCGAUAUCUCGAGCAGCAAGUGUGUUUGUGCUCUAUGCAACAUCAUGUGCAAAUAACUUUGCCAUGAAGGGGAAGAGGAAAACGCUGAAUGCUGGUGAUGUUCUCUCUGCCAUGGAGGAAAUGGAGUUUCAGCGAUUUAUAGCCCCUUUGAAAGAGUCCCUGGAAGUUUACAGACGUGAACAGAAGGGAAAGAAAGAAGCGAGGAAAGAUAAAGACAAGAAGGCAGACUCAGAGGAACAAGAUAAGAGCCGAGAAGAUGAUAAUGAUGAUGAUGAUGAAAGGAUGGAGGAAGAAGAGCAAAAUGAGGAGGAGGAGGUGGACAACUGAGCUUGCCAAUGGGACAUAACAGGGUUGGGUUUUUGUUACUAGGGCUAUAAAUGUUGUAAAGAAAUCUUGCUGUGUCCCCUCUGGUUUCCAGUAGAGCUCCUUACUGUUCUUCUGGAAUCUCUCUUUGGCUUUAGCAUGUACAUAAAGGACUUGGCUAAAGCGUUUCUCAUGGGUGCCUCACCUCCUCUCUGUGUGCUGGGGACUUGGCAGCUUCCCCAGGUGCUGAACAGACAAGUAAUGGGUCUGGUAUUUUUAUGCUGGAUUAACUCUGAAGCAAAGGGAAAGAAGAGAAAUGUCAGUUGCCUCAAUACAGAAAAGACCUGGAGAACAUGAAAAAAACUUUUGAAUAAGCUCAUUAAACCAACCGAAGAUCUGAAUCCUGGUUCCUUAACCCUUUGGGGUUUACAGUCUACGUGAUGAUGUUAAGAGCCUUAGAAGCUGACUGUUUAAGCUUUUUAUCCAAGUGAUGUUUUUUCCUUCAUUUUCUUGCAUUCUGGCUGUGCCUUCUCUUUCCUGCUCUUUCAGUGAUACUGCCAGCUUCACCAGCUGCAUGCAGCACACCUGUACAAGGGCCAGUGGUUCCCUGAACUGAAUUCCUCCCCUAAAUGAACCAGAAUAAAAAAAAAAAAAAACAAAUAAAAAAAA